GUUGAACUAUUGAGAGGUUGAAGUGGUCAAAGGCGGAUUUCGGUUCUAAAAAUUAUAGGGUUCUUCAAUUUAAUUUUCGAUUUAAUUUUAAUUAAAGUUAAUAUAUUUUUUUAAAGAGAAACAUUUGCUUUGAAUUGAAAUAGGAUCGAAUUGAGUCUCCAAGAAAAAGAAUGGGAUCGAAUUGAAUCCAACAGUCCUAUUCGAAUUUAAAUUCAAUUUUAAUUCAUUUAAAUUUGAUUGAUUUCAGGUUGAUUUCAAUUCAUAAUUGCACAGGCAGUGGAGGUGAGGACUGUGGAUGGACACGAAGAAAUUGGAACAGAGAAUAAUUUAUUGAAGCAAUAAAAUAGUAGAGGAAGAGGAACGUGGCCAUGCCGGAGUUGUAAAAUAAUGCUAACAAAGAAAAGUGAGAAGAAAGAGACGGGCAAACACAAAGAAUCAGAUUGAGAGAGAGAGUGAGAGAUGGCAAAUCCACAGCUAAAAUAGGAAACCCACAAAAAAAGGGACAAUCGGGAGGUGGGCAAAUGCUGGAAUAGAGUGGCUGUGAAUAAAAGAGUUUGAGAUUUAUAUGGGGAGCGGAACUCUCGUGGAAGGUGUUCGUCGCUGGUUUCAACGCCGCAACAUUUCAUCAUCAUCUUCUUCUUCAUCUUCUAAUACUGUGAAUGGUGGAGAUAAUAAUAAUAUUAGUGGUCAGCCACAAUCUUCGGCUGCUAGUGUGCGCGAAAGGCGAAGCAAGGAAGGGGGUGGAAAGCAGCGGCAGGAGGAAGAGAAUCAGUUAACGGUUAUUGAGGAUUAUGAUUUCUAUGGAUUAAAGCAGAUUAGAGUUCCUAAACGAAAUACCCAUUUCGCUUUUGGCUCUACUACUACUACCACCAUGGAUCCACACAAGAAGGGCUCUGCUGAAGCAGAUUUUUUCACUGAGUAUGGAGAGGCAAGUCGAUACCAUGUACAAGAAGUCAUUGGGAAAGGCAGUUACGGUGUUGUUGCUUCUGCAAUUGACACUCAUACUGGAGAAAGAGUUGCAAUCAAGAAGAUAAAUGAUGUUUUUGAGCAUGUUUCUGAUGCUACACGUAUUUUGAGAGAAAUUAAGCUUCUUCGGUUGCUUCGACAUCCUGAUAUUGUAGAAAUAAAGCAUAUCAUGCUUCCUCCUUCACGUAGAGAAUUCAGAGAUGUCUAUGUUGUUUUUGAGUUGAUGGAAUCUGAUCUUCACCAAGUAAUUAAGGCAAAUGAUGAUCUUACUCCCGAACAUUAUCAGUUUUUCUUGUACCAGCUUCUUCGUGGUCUGAAAUAUGUACAUACAGCCAAUGUAUUUCAUCGAGACUUAAAGCCCAAAAACAUUCUUGCUAAUGCCGAUUGCAAACUGAAGAUUUGUGAUUUUGGUCUUGCUAGAGUAUCUUUUAAUGAGGCCCCAUCAGCUAUUUUUUGGACUGACUAUGUAGCAACAAGGUGGUAUCGCGCUCCUGAACUUUGUGGCUCUUUUUUCUCCAAAUACACCCCUGCGAUUGAUAUUUGGAGCAUAGGAUGCAUAUUUGCUGAAAUGCUUACAGGAAAACCAUUGUUUCCUGGGAAGAAUGUAGUGCAUCAAUUGGAUCUCAUGACUGAUUUGCUUGGCACUCCUCCUCCUGAAUCCAUUUCUAAAAUUAGGAAUGAAAAGGCAAAGAGGUAUCUUAGUAGCAUGCGGAAGAAACAUCCGGUUCCAUUCUCACAGAAGUUCCCUAAUGCAGAUCCUUUGGCUCUGCGCCUUCUCGAACACCUGCUUGCAUUUGAUCCUAAAGAUCGUCCAACAGCUGAAGAGGCAUUAGCUGAUCCUUAUUUUCAAGGUUUGUCAAAUGUCGAUCGUGAGCCAUCAUCCACUCAACCGAUUUCGAAGCUGGAGUUCGAGUUUGAGAGAAGGAAAUUGGCAAAAGAUGAUGUGAGAGAAUUGAUCUACAGAGAGAUACUAGAAUAUCAUCCUCAGAUGCUGCAGGAGUACCUUCGAGGUGGAGAACAAACAAGCUUUAUGUAUCCAAGUGGUGUUGAUCGAUUCAAGAGGCAAUUUGCACAUCUUGAAGAGCAUUAUGGUAAAGGUGAAAGAAGCACUCCACUCCAAAGGGAGCAUGCUUCCUUGCCUAGGCAACGUGUUCCCGCUCCCAAGGAGGAGACUUCUAAGAAAAACAAUGAUUUGGAGAGGCAAACCUCAUCUUCUGUUGCAAAUAAUGGUUCACAAAAUGCAACAGUAACACAGAAUGGCUCUUCCAAACCAAACUACUCCAAUCGUGGCUUAUUGAAGAGUGCUAGCAUUAGUGCUUCCAAGUGUAUAGGAAUGAAACCAAGAACAGAUAGAGAGGAGACAAUUCCUGAGGUCAACAAUGAGUCUAUCAGUGAAUUGUCUGAGAAGGUUGCAAAGCUCCAUGCCUGAUACCUGAUACUUGUUAUAAUCUCAUGUAGAGAUUCAAAUGGCUUAACCUUAUCAUCUGCCCAUUUCCCUCCAUUAUAUGAACAGAGGGUGUUUCUCAAUGACCUAAAAAGAGGAUCAGGUAGAAGCUAACAUAGGACUUCAUUGGCUUAGUUACCCAUCAUUUAUGUCGCUAGAUUACAGGAAAGAGAUGCUUCCUUGUUAAUAGCUCCAUCUGUAAUCCUUUGUAUCUGGGCAGAAGUCCAUCUGCAUUUUGGACAAACAGCAUAGUAUUAUUAUUAUUAUUCCGAUUUUUAUCCCUUUUUGCUUAGUGUGAUGGCAGGAAAAUAGAGUUUUGGCCUGAAGAGAGGGUGGCAUUAUGCUUGAUGACAGUUAUAGUAAGUUUUGAUUCAUGUUACAAAUGGCAUCAUUGGAUUAAUGUUUUUAAAAA